AUGAUACCCUCCAAGAUGAUGAAUGCCAACCCUGAGCAAGACCCGUUGGAGGGCUUUCUCCAGUACGUUGAAGACAUGGGGAUGAAGGCCUAUGAUGGCCUGGUGAUUCAGAAUGCAUCUGACAUUGCUCGUGAGAAUGAUCGCUUGCGAAAUGAAACAAACAUGGCCUAUCUGAAGGAGAAGAACGAAAAGCGCCGAAGACAAGAGGAAGCAAUAAAGCGCAUAGGUGGAGACGUGGGGCGAGGCCACGACGCGGGCUACCCGGGCAAACACUUCCGCAUGGGAUUCAUGACCAUGCCUGCUCCUCAGGACCGACUCCCUCACCCCUGCUCCAGCGGCUUCACCGUGAGAUCCCAGUCCCUCCACUCCGUCGGGGGCACCGAGGACGACAGCAGCUGUGGCUCCAGGAGGCAACCGCCACCCAAGCCCAAGCGGGACCCCAGCACCAAGCUGAGCACCUCUUCAGAGACAGUCAACACUGCAGCAGCCAGUAAUGGGAAAGGCCCGGGGAGGGUGGAAGUGUCCGCCAAACCCAGACCGCACAGUGAUGAGUACUCCAAGAAGAUCCCUCCUCCCAAGCCCAAGCGGAACCCCAACACGCAGCUGAGCACCUCCUUCGACGAAACCUACAUCCGGAGGCCGGGCCCGCGGAGGACCUCGCUGCCGCGGGAGUGCUCGCUGUCGCAGGUGGGCAGCCCCCCGCCGGCGGCGGGCGGGGAGGGCCCGGACCAGGAGGAGGAGCCCGUGUACAUCGAGAUGGUGGGCAACAUCCUGCGAGACUUCCGGCGGGACGACGACGAGCCGAGCGAGGCCGUCUACGAGGAGAUGAAGUACCCGCUGUUCGACGACGCGGGCCACGACCCGCGCUGGGACCCGCGCUGGGACCCGGAGCGCCACAGCUGCUCUUCCCAGUGCGCCACGCCCACCGUGCCCGACGUGGACGCGGCCCGGGCCGCCGCCGCCGCCGCGGGGCCCCCGCCGGGCGCCGCCCCCAAGGCGCCGCUCUGCGACAUCCCCCCGCCCUUCCCCAACCUGCUGUCGCACCGGCCCCCGCUGCUGGUGUUCCCCCCGGCCCCCGCGCACUGCUCCCCCAACUCCGACGAGUCCCCGCUCACCCCGCUGGAGGUCACCAAGCUCCCCGUGUUGGAGAACGUGUCCUACCUGAAGCAGGCCGCGGGCUCGUCGCCCUCCUCCGCGCUGCCCGCGCCCCACGCCCACAAGCCCGAGAAGGACCCGCCGGGGGCCGCGCCGGGCCCGGCGGCCUCCGCCUCCGCCUCGGCCAUGGCCCCGUCGUCGGUGGUGCUGUCGUCGUCGUCGUCCUCCUCCUCCUCCCCGCCGCCGCCGCCCCCCUGCACGCUGUACCGCGCCCAGUCUCCCCACGGGUACCCCAAGAGCCACUCCCCGUCCCCGUCCCCCGUGAGCAUGGGCCGGUCGCUGACGCCCCUGAGCCUCAAGCGGCUCCCGGCCUACGACGCCGCCGUGCACUCGGCGGCCGGCCUGGCCCGCGGCCCGCCGCCCGGGACGCACGCCGCGGCCGCCGGCCCCAGGCCCCUGUCCCAAGACGGGGCCAGGAUGGUCAACGCCGCGGUCAACACCUACGGGGCGGCGGCGGCGCAGAGUGGCUCCCGGGCCAGGACGCCCACCAGCCCCCUGGAAGAACUCACCAGCCUCUUCACCUCGGGACGCAGCCUCCUGAGGAAGUCCUCCAGCGGCCGGAGGUCCAAAGAGCCAGCUGAGAAAUCCACAGAGGAACUGAAAAUCCGCAGCCACAGCACGGAGCCUUUACCAAAGUUGGACAGCAAAGACAGAAUGCACCAUGGGACAUCUUCCUCCAGAGAGCCUGUCAAAGCUCAGGAAUGGGACGGAACCCCGGGGCCACCUGUGGUCACCAGCAGAAUGGGAAGAUGUUCGGUGAGCCCCACCUUGUUGGCAGGAAACCAUGGUUCAGAACCUAAAAUCAGCUGCAAACUAGGCCGAUCUGCUUCUACAUCAGGCGUGCCUCCUCCAUCGGUGACUCCUCUCAGGCAAACCAGUGACCUGCAACAGAGCCAGGUGGCAUGCAUGCCGUGGUUUCAUGGAGACCAUACAAUGCUUGAGAUGAUUGAGAAAAAGCGGUGCUUGUGCAAGGAAAUAAAGGCUAGACAGAAAACGGAAAAGGGCCUUUGCAAACAGGAUAGCAUGCCUAUCCUGCCCAGCUGGAAGAAGAACGCAGGUGCAAAGAAGUACAGCCCUCCGCCCUAUUCUAAACAGCACACGGUAUUCUGGGAUACGGCCAUAUGA